AUGGAUAAAAUGGACAAUGGUGACAUCAGAGAUGAUUCAGAUUACCAAAACAAGCUGAACAUGGAAAUCAAAGCUACAGUUCUACAAAAAGAUAUAGGUCUAAUAAGUGGGAUCUGCUUGAUUGUGGGAACAAUGAUUGGCUCGGGAAUCUUCAUCUCUCCCAAGGCUGUGCUGGAGGAAACAAGAGCAGUGGGACCAUGCCUGUGUGUAUGGGCAGCAUGUGGUGUGCUGGCUACUCUUGGGGCUCUUUGCUAUGCAGAGCUUGGCACCAUGAUAACAAAGUCAGGUGGUGAGUACUCAUACCUGAUGGAGAGUUUCGGACCCAUUCCUGCCUACCUUUACUCCUGGACAAGCAUCAUAAUACUGAAGCCUUCAUCAUUGGCCAUCAUUGCCCUCAGCUCUGGAAAAUAUGCCUCUACGCCUUUUUACCCAGGGUGCAGCCCACCGGUGAUUAUCAGCAAAUGCCUGGCUGCUGCCUCUAUCUUGUUGCUUACAGUUGUGAACUGCUUAAGUGUGAAGCUGUCUAGCUAUGUUCAGAAUUUCUUCACUGCAGCCAAACUCCUCAUCAUUGUCAUCAUAGUCGUGUCAGGCAUUGAUUUGCUGGCCAAAGGAAACACAGAGAAUCUGCAAAAUGCUUUUGAAGGGGGAACAACUUCAUUUGGGUCAAUUGGAUCUGCAUUUUAUAAUGGUCUUUGGGCCUAUGAUGGAUGGAAUCAACUGAACUUCAUAACAGAAGAGCUAAAAGACCCAUAUAGGAACCUUCCUUUGGCCAUCAUUAUUGGGAUUCCUUUAGUGUCAGUGUGCUAUGUGUUGGUUAAUAUUGCAUACUUCACUGUCAUAACACCUACAGAACUACUUCAGUCUUCUGCUGUUGCUGUGACUUUUGGAGAUCGAGUGCUAUACCCUUUGUCAUGGAUGGUGCCAUUGUUUGUGGUCUUCUCCACUUUUGGAGCUGCUAAUGGAAGCUGCUUUACAGGGGGAAGGCUGACUUAUGUGGCUGGACGUGAAGGACACGUGGUGAAGAUUCUUUCCUAUAUCAGUCUGAAGCAUUACACCCCUGCACCAGCAAUUGUCUUUAAUGCACUUUUGAGUGUCUGCUACAUCAUUCCAGCAGACAUUAAUUCCCUCAUUAACUACUUCAGCUUUGCUCAGUGGGCUUUCUAUGGGCUUACUGCCCUCUCUCUCAUUGUCAUGCGAUUCACAAGAAAAGAUUUACACAGACCUGUGAAGGUGCCCAUAGUUAUCCCUGCUGUUGUGGUGGUUGUUUCCUGUUACCUGGUUUUAGCUCCAAUUAUUGACAAACCUGAGCUUGAAUAUCUGUACUGCACAGUAUUCAUAUUGGGUGGACUGAUUAUUUACCUUCCCUUUGUGUACUACAAGUUCAACUGGGCCUGCAGAAUAAUGACUCCCCUCACCAUGCAUCUUCAGCUGCUAAUGGAAGUUGUACCACCAGAGAAGACAGAAUGA